GGAAGCGCCGCGUCCCGCACCCGCCGGGCCACGCCUGGCCGCUGCGAGCUGGGCACCGGCACCGGGACCCGCACCGGGACCCCGCACCCUGCGCCGGGGCAGCCGGCUGCUCCUCUCCACGCCGUGCCACUCCAGCCAGGUCCCCCCACCCGUCCCCAUGGAGUGACCCCACACGGGGGUCUCUGCACCGGCGCGGCCCCCCUCGGUAGCUGGCCCGGCACGGAGGGAAGGUGGCCACCGGCGCCGCGAAUAUGAGCGACUUCUGGCACAAGCUGGGCUGCUGCGUCGUAGAGAAGCCACAGCCCAAGAAGAGGAGGAGACGGAUCGACCGCUCCAUGAUCGGGGAGCCCAUGAACUUCAUCCACCUGACACACAUCGGCUCUGGUGACAUGGCCGCGGGCGAAGGCCUGCCCAUGACCGGCGCUGUCCAGGAGAUGAGGUCCAAGGGCGGACGGGAGCGACAGUGGAGCAACUCCCGGGUCUUGUAGCGUAUUCCUGGCUUUUUCAGCCCAAACUUGAACUGCCUGAUCCCCCAACCGGAGGAGAAGCCGACCUCGAGCGCUUUAACCCUGCGGUAAUUUAUGCAGCGCGAUCCUCGCCCGGCUCCCGGUGGCUUUUGGUCGUCAUCCCCCCGGCAAAUCCCUCCUUCCCAGAGGCAUCGGGUCGGUGACGUGGGGAGGGAGCGGGGACGGCAGCCCCCACCUCGUGCCCGACCGGCAUUUCAGCCAUAAGGACACAGCCGCCCUCCCGAAGCGUGCCAGGAGCUGCCGGGCGCAGCCGAGAUGUGCCAAAUCCUCCCCGUUUUCCCUUUUUCCACGCCGGUGUCUCCCAUGGGCCCCUCUCGGCGCCAGGCCGCAGUGCCUCGGUUUCCCCGGGGGAUCACGGUGAGGCCGGUCCUGGUGUGGAGGCCGAUUUGGUGCCCUCCCGGAAAGGCGUAGAAGAGCAAAACCGGGAUUAAACCUCGACGCUUCAGUGCAAAACCAGGAUUAAACCCCAACGCUUCAGUGUCUCGCCGGCAGCGGCUCAGCGCCGACACCAUCAACAAGCCCGCGGUGCCUCCAGCCGGCAUUUCCACCGCCGGCAAACUGCCACCUUCCUUCUUUUUUAGGAUAUAUAUUUUUUUUUUAAAGCUCAAAAAAACAACUAGGCAGCCUCCGCCGCCUCGGAGUCAGGACCGUGGUGGGGUUACCUCCGCCCGGGAUUGCCACCAGGGUUUCACCGGCACCGGCCGAGGCAGGACGGGGCCCGACCCGAGGAGGGACUUGGGCUCCCGAAUUCGGGCGCGGGUGUAUAUAGUUUAAAUAGCGCCGGGAUUAAAUAUUAAAUAGCACGUGCCGGGCAUCACGGCCGGGCGGCAGAGGCUUUCCCCUUCGCCAUGCUCCACGCCACGCCGGGAUGCUCCUGCACGGAGCUGGGCUUUUCCAGCCCCACGGCACGCUCGGUGUUGGUAAGCGAGUGCCGAUGCUUGAUUCGGUUUUCCCUCCCCUGGGAAAAACAACCCACCCUUGAAAUAAAACCCUUGUGCUGGCCCGA